CGCCAACAACCCUUUCUCAAAAGCCCCAAAUAUCCAAGAUCUGUAACUAUAGAUACUGGUUUACACACAUAGAAGCGGAUUUCGCGGCGAGAGGGGUUAGAUCGGCAGCGACUGAUGGCUUUAGCUCUUUCUGUUUCCGAAGAUUCUCGAUCCGUUUAUUGCCGGAAACAGAAGUCACUUAGCCUCCUAUGUUCAAAUUUUUUGAGCUUGUAUGACCGUGAAGGAGUCGAAACUAUUGGACUCGAUGAUGCAGCAAAACAGUUAGGGGUUGAAAGACGGAGGAUCUAUGACAUUGUGAAUGUUCUUGAAAGCGUUGGUGUUCUUUCAAGAAAGGCAAAGAAUAUGUAUUCGUGGAAUGGAUUCGAAGCAAUCCCUGGAACUUUUCAAAAACUAAAGGAGGAAGGUCUAAAGGAUAUGAUUGGUGGAUAUGGUGGAAAUUUGUCUAUCCAAUGUUUGGAUGAUGGGGAAGAUGACAGACUCUCAAAUCCUGUCCUUUCAAGCCCGAGUGACAAAUCAGUCCCCGUUGCAUCUCCUAAUUUGGUAGACUCCUCUAAACCAGACAAUAAAAGAGAGAAAUCUCUGGGGCUUCUCACACGAAACUUUAUCAAGCUCUUCCUAUGCAGUGAUAUAGAUAUGAUUUGCUUGGAUGAAGCUGCAAAUAUUUUACUGGGAGAUGGGAGACCUCCAUCAAUAAACAGAACUAAAGUUAGAAGACUGUAUGAUAUUGCUAAUGUCUUGUCCUCGAUAAAAUUCAUUGAGAAGAUACAUCACCCUGAAACAAGAAAACCGGCAUUCAAAUGGUUGGGGCUGAAAGGAAAAUCAGAAAACCAAGCAGCUAAUACAUCAGAGAGUAGCUUGGGUUUGAAUCAAUUCAAGAAGAGGCCAUUUGGCACUGACCUCACAAAUACAACUACAAAGAGAGGCAAAGCUACUGGCAAAUCUAUGGAUCGCUACUCCAGUGAGUCAACAAAAUCCAAACUACUAUCUGUACUAGUGAAAUGUGAGAGUCUUGAAAAUGAGGUUAACAGGCCAAAAGAGGAGCUUGACUUAAGAACAAAAGGCAAGGGUUAUGAAUUUGGCCCGUUCGCACCUGUAGAUGUGCCUAAAGUUGAAUCUUCAAUGAGUAGUGGGAGAAAAGAGAUUAUUUGCGAAUGGGAAAGCUUAGCAGCAUCAACCUCUCAUCCUCAGUAUCACAACCAAGCAUUAAGAGAUCUCUUUUCACAUUACAAGGAAGCAUGGAAGUCUUGGUACUCGGAAAUCGCUGGGAAGAAACCAAUUGAGUCUCUAUCCUAACACUUGCAUAUUACAACACAUCUAACACAUGAGGGAUCAUCUGAUAUGAAAUGCAUAUUGGAAUGCAUGUUAAAGUGAAUUGUAUUAACUUGUGAAUGCCCUCCUUUUAUACGGCCUGUCCGGUCAACUUUUAGGUACACAUGUUCAUUUUCAAAAUGGACUCCAACCCAUUUACGAAUUCAUCUCAAAUUAAUUCCAGAUGACAAUAAUUCCAGAUGACAUGUCCGGUCAACAUGUGUUAAUAAUUGGUGCGCAAUAAAU